GAAGGACACUGAAUUUGCGUUUAGUGUAUAUUCCGUUUGGAACAUCGUGCCGUAUUUGUUUCCAAUUUGCCUUGUAGGCCAUUCUCAAUACUGUCAAUAGAGCUUGUUAGCAACUUUUAUACUGAAAGUUAUAACCGGAAAUUACUACUUGCGAUGCUGGUGAAUUGACUUUUGUACGUCACAUGAUAUUCCGUUCAGUACCUCUAUGAAGAAAUGAUCCAUAGCUGCAGUGGCCAGACAUGGGCCGUUUGUGUGGGUUUUUAACAGUUUUUAUAUAAUGUGAAGGGACUGUUUGGUGUAUAGAUUUGCUAUGCUGGUUUAAGUUAGUUUUGUUGAUAACGAAAGCACUUAUUUCCUACUGUGCUUUGUAGCCAGGUAGGCGGUCAGCAAACAGGACUCAUCCCUAACUUUCGAGAAAAACAUUUUAACGUUAGACGUAGCCAACGAACCAAACAGUCAGAUUCUGCGAACAAAGCUGACAGGUCGCUGUGAACAUUUUCAGAGUGCUCUAUGAAGUUGUGAAGCUUGCGAAGAGGCAGGUUUCACUAUGACAGAACGGACUCCUCUUCUCCAUUACCGCCUCUCCACCAGCGUCAAUGAAUCCGAGCAGCGGCCAUCUCCGACCGGGCAGGCCCUGGAGCAGCACCCGGGCAGCCCCAGGCAGAGGUCCACUCAUCAGCGGCAACCAAAGAAACUCUCCAUUUUCUUCGGUGUGGUCAUCCCCACCUUGCUGUCAAUGUUCAGCGUGGUGGUGUUUCUCAGAAUAGGCUUUGUGGUCGGACAAUCUGGACUCUAUCAAGCAAUUGCCAUGUUCCUGGUGGCCUACUUCAUCAUCUGCAUGACUGUGCUGUCAGUCUGUGCCAUCUCCACCAAUGGAGCCCUGGAUGCUGGGGGAGCUUAUUACAUGAUAAGCCGAGCGCUGGGGCCGGAGUUUGGUGGCAGUAUUGGCAUCAUGUUCUUCCUGGCCAAUGUGUGUGGCAGUGCACUGUAUGUGCUGGGUCUGGUUGAAGCCAUUGUGGCCACGUUUGGAGUGCCAGAAGAUGGAACUGCGGCCACGUCUGCUUCCCAGGUCCUGCCGUCAGGCUACUGGUGGUCUCUGCUUUACGGCACUGUCGUCCUAUUGCUGUGCCUGCUGGUGUGUCUGGUGGGAGCCCACAUCUAUGCCAAGGCCACCUUCCUCAUCUUUUUGGUGGUCAUGUUUGUCCUGGGAACCAUCUUCAUCAGCUUCUUUGCUGUGCACCCUCGUACCGUUGUCCUGCCCAGUUCUGCCAACCCAGCAGCCAAUGGAACAGGCCCCGUGUUUCCCACCACUGCCAACUUCACUGGCUUCAAGUUGGACACGCUGCUGGGAAACCUGUGGGCUGACUACACUGUGGAUUACACAACAGGAACUAUGAUGACCUUUGCCACUGUUUUCGCUGUUAUGUUUAAUGGCUGCACCGGAAUCAUGGCUGGUUCCAACAUGUCAGGUGAACUGAAGAAUCCUAGCUACUCCAUCCCCCGCGGAACAAUCACCGCAGUCAUCUUCACCUUCAUCAUCUACAAUUUACUCUCCCUACUGGUGGCCUGCUCCUGUGACCGUGUGCUGCUGCAGAGGGAUUACAGCUUCCUAAGAGACAUCAACAUCUGGCACCCCUUUGUCACAAUCGGGGUGUAUUCCUCCACUCUUUCCGCUGCCAUGAGCAAUCUUAUUGGAGCUUCACGCAUCCUCUUCGCCCUGGCCAGGGAUGACUUGUUUGGUAAAGUGCUUUCACCUGCUAAAAAGACAUCCCACAGUGGAAAUCCCUGGGUCUCAGUGCUCAUAUCCUGGUUCCUUGUGCAGCUGGUACUGUUUUCAGGGAAGCUCAACACCAUUGCCAGUAUUGUGACCAUUUUCUUCCUUUUGGUGUAUGCUGCCGUGGACUUGGCCUGCCUGGCUCUGGAAUGGGCGUCUGCACCUAAUUUCAGGCCCACCUUCCGUUAUUUCACCUGGCAUACAUGCGUGUUGGGCAUCGUGGGUUGUGCCGUCAUGAUGUUUCUGAUCAACGCCAUCUACGCCUCAGCCAGCAUCGCCUUCAUGUUGCUGCUGCUUCUGCUGAUUCACUACCUCAGUCCCACCUCCAGUUGGGGAUACAUCAGCCAGGCUCUUAUUUUCCACCAGGUGCGUAAGUACCUGCUAAUGCUGGAUGUGAGGAAGGAUCACGUCAAGUUCUGGAGACCUCAGGUCCUGCUGAUGGUUUCCAACCCUCGCAGCAGUGUGGGCCUCAUCACCUUCAUCAAUGACAUCAAGAAGAGCGGCCUCUACGUGCUGGGGCAUGUCCAGCUAGGAGAUCUCAACACUUUACCAUCCGAUCCUCUGCAGUCCCAGUAUGACUCCUGGUUGUCCCUGGUGGACCAUCUAAACAUCAAAGCUUUCGUCAAUCUGACACUGGCCGAUUCUGUGCGUCAUGGGGUCCAACAUCUACUCUUCAUCUCUGGACUAGGUGGGAUGCGUCCCAACACCCUUGUCCUCGGUUUCUACGACAACUGUCUCCCAAAGGACAAGCUGAUUGAUCCUUCGCUGUCUACCAUUCAGUGCACAGAUCCCACAGGCCCCUCACAGCAGCUUGGACAACAGCCUUCUCUCUUCCACUUUGCCUCCCUGCGGGGGUCCAGCGACAGGCGAGAUUAUGGUGAAUUUGGAGACGGGAAGGUUCUAGGACCCCAGGAGUACAUAGCAAUCAUUGCAGAUGCCAUGAAGAUGCUCAAGAAUGUGGUGCUUGCCCGAUACUUCAACAACUUUGAUCGAGUCCAGGUCCUCUCACCACCCCCCUCGUCCCCAGGGAGGGGAGCCGUGUACGUCGACGUCUGGCCAGUCAACCUCCUGCGUCCGGACAGCAGUAGCUAUGUUGAUACCUGCUCUCUGUUCCUGCUUCAGCUGGCCUGCAUCCUUAACAUGGUGAGAGCCUGGCGCAAAGCUACGCUCCGUCUCUUCCUGUGCGUGGAGGAAGGACGAAGCGUGAGAGGCUCGGAGGAGAAGCUGGGGCAGCUGUUGAAAGAGUUGAGAAUUAAGGCUCAGAUCUACCCUGUGCCCUGGGACCAGCAGGUGGCACUACACUGGCAGCGCCAAGGUGAGUGGGGAAAGAAGCAUUUACCACAAUCCCGUGAUACCACUACAGAAGAGCAGAAGCCAAGAGCAGAUGAGGAAGAGGAGGACGAAGAUUAUGUUAAUAGCUUUCCGAGCAAUGCCACUCGCCUGUCUGAUGACUACUUGUCUGCUGUCAACAAGCUGAUCCUGGACGCAGCUCAGCCCGCUCCAGCUGUGCGGUUCCUGUACUUGCCCCGCCCCCCAGCUGACACCCGCCGCUACACCACCUACUUACACCAACUGGAGCUGCUGACCCAGAACCUGGGCCCCACGCUGCUCAUCCACGGUGUCACGCCCGUCAUCACCACUGACCUUUGAACAGUCUCCUUCUCUCAGGUGCCAAGAUCUGGUGAGUUUAGCAGCGUCACCACCAGCUUCCCUGUGAAGGACAGCACCACUGCAGACGCCAACGGUACUGACCUCUCCACCAAACCACAGACUGAGGGAAGAGGAGAAGAAAAUUGCUCUUGAAAAAUUUAACCCAGACUGGGAUGUCACUGUUAACUCAUCGACACCAUGUGCACUGUCUCACACAAUUUAAAGGUACAACAUGGAAGAGAUGAAGAGUAUUUUUAAAAUACUUACUACACAGUCACUACACAGUUGAUUUUCUUAUGUCGUCAACUUGUAGUUCUGUUUUGUUUUUUUUUUACAACUUAAGCAUGAAACAACCAUACUGUGGUUUAACUUACCAAAGGUUCAGACAAAUGUACGACCUGCCAAGCAGGCCAGUCAAAAGCAGUAUCAACCAGAAUGCUGUCAAAUGUGUUCUUUUUAAUCCAGUUUUACCCAUGUUACAAUACAUGACAGCCCAUGGGGGGAGGGGGGAUUUAGUUUGCCUUUAAGCCUCUCUCGCUCCAUCAGCUGUUUGUUCAUCUACAGUAUCUGAAACAGAGAGGUAUAACUCCUUAUACAUUCUAGGGAGACUUCCCUCGUUCCUUUCUCGAAAUGUUUUCUUGGUGGCUCACGUUCCUUAAAAUGAUUAUUCCAUAUGUCUAGAGAUCAAAAAGUGCCUUGCUAGUUAGGGAGCCAAAGUUCGGAGUCAUUCCAUCACUGAAAGAAAGUUGGACUGCAUUGCACCUUGGAACAGACAUUUGCAGGAAAUCUGCUUUUCCAUUUUAGGAGCUUGAAACAAAGGAAGCAGUUGAACAAUUUUAUCUAUGGUGCUGCAUUGGAAGUCUUCAAAGUUUUAUUCCAUUUUUUUUUCUUUUUUUCUUUUUUUUUUUUGUCAAGAAGACAUUCCACUUGAUUCCAAAUGCACUUUUGUUCUUCCUCUGCCAAGCUGCAUGUUGUGCAGCUCGCCUACAGUCCUCAAACAUGUUUACAGUGCCAAUUACUACUGUGAUUAUCCACAAUAUUUUAUUCAUUGUUUUAUGUUUUUAGGUAAUUUUUAGACUUUUCUAUUGGACUCAUUAGUGACCAUCGUGGCCUGAAUACUGAAGUGCCUAAAUGAUUUUAAAUAUUCAAUCAAUUCAACAACUUGGGCUUUUCCGCAAAGUAUUUCUAACAUUAAAGUGACCCUAUGUAAGUUUUUUCGAAACAGUGGCCACCAGAGUGUAUGUCGGUAGCACAAGGAGAACUGAACUGUUAUUGUCAACCACACAGAAAUAUCAGUCUAUACAAAGUAUCCUAAUAUUGGCCUCAAUUAGUAUAAGAAUUACUAUAAGCAAUAUUAUUUCUUUUCCCCAGGACGGGGAAGGAAGGUCAUGAAUAUUUAGAUAGCAAAAUGUUGUUCAACCAAUCAUAGUGAAUAAACGAACCAAAACUGCUAAUGGCCACGCAAACGAGGUCUGAAGUUCCUGAUACCUGCUGCUAAUCUGAGAAUACAGCAGCCAGUGUCCCCUGAAUACCAAGCUGACAAUUUGGAUGAAGAAUCAUUUCUGCUUUUGUAAGCAAGAAUAUAAUGUAUAAUUUUGUGUUCUAAAGACUUAGAAAAGGCUUUUGUAAGUCAUAAACGUUGUCAUAAACGGUCAGCGGGUUAAAUAGAGGACUUUUACACUGGAGAUCUGGGUUUGACUCCUAUAUUAUAUUGUGAUUUAUUAUUUUCAGGAUAUUUUUUUUUAUUAUUAUUAUUUUCAGUUUUCAUUUGUAGUUUGGUUAGGUUUAAGUGAAAAAACCCUACUUGCUUAGGUUUAGGAAAAGAUUAGGGUUUGGGUUGAAAUAGAUCCUGUCACAACAUUAACGCCAUGUUACGAAGGCUUCCUGAAAGGCCUUUCACGUGCCUAUUCUGACAGUACAGCAGCUGGUGUCUUCUAAACACCACAGUUACGCUAUAGAUAAAGUCAUUACUGCUUUUAGACCAAUAUUAGAAUGUACUCUGAUU